CAUAUCUUUUAACUGAAUCAAUUAAUCAUGAAGUCUCUAGCCCUAGCAGCCACUUUGCUACUUCUGUUACUUGCGAAUUCUGUUUCGGAAGCUGCGAUUUCGUGCAGCGAUGUGAUCAAAGACGUGAGGCCGUGUGUCAAUUACUUGGUUAACGGAAGCGGGAAGCCGCCGGCCGCUUGCUGUGCAGGAGCCUCAGCUCUUUCAUCUUCAGCUACUACUACUGCUGACAAAAGAACUGCUUGCUCCUGCAUUCAAUCAGCAGCACAGAAGCUGAAUGUGAAUGCUCAGUUAGCUCAAGCUCUUCCAUCCAACUGUGGGAUCAGCCUGCCUUAUACUAUUUCGCCCAAUUUCGAUUGUUCCAAGAUUACUUGAAGAUGAAGAAAUCCAAUGGCUUGGUCUUCAAGUCAUGUCAUGGUAUGUUUUAAGCAAACCUAAGAGUGAGAACAGUUCUACUCUGUUUAUCUAUUUUAUUUCUGUGGAAAAUCGUAUGCUUAUGUUAUAUUAAGGUACUCUAUGCUUAUGCUAUAUUAAGGUACUUUGUAAUCUUGAAUGUCUUGUUGGGCAAUUCUAAUAAUAAAGGUUAAUGUAGUUUGCUUGGUUUA